AUGUCUGCUAAAAGCAAUAUCAAUCAAAUAGAUCAACAAGAAACAACAAAUUCGGAGCAAAACUCAAUAUCACAAAUUAAUUCAAUUUUGAAUAUGGAUUCUGGAGCAACUGUUUCAGUGUUGACGCAAGACACUUAUGAGCACUUAAAUAAACCACAGCUGUAUCCAUGUAAAAAGGAGCUAUUUGAUUAUGGAAAAAACAAAAUAAAGACACUUGGUGAAUUUUGUGCAGUGCUAAAGUGUGGAGAAACGAAAAGAACAGCAGCAUUAGUAGUAGUAUGCGUCCGGAAUGGUCAUAAUUUGUUUGGCACUAAUCUAUUUGAACUUUUUGGAUUUGAGAUUCGUCAAAUUCCCGUUAUAAACAAUGAUUCUCAAUUGAAUGAAGUAUUGGAGAAACAUAGAAUUCUUUUUGAACCUGCUUUAGGUACAAUUAAGCAAAUUAAGGCCAGGUUGCAUUUAAAACAGGGCGCUCUACCUAAGUUUUGUAAAAGCAUUUGGAAACCGAUAAAAUUUAGUCAGUGGGCUCCGCCAAUUGUAUUGGUUACAAAACCAGAUGGGUCUCUUCGCAGUUGUGGUGAUUUCAAAACUACAGUAAACAAGCAAAUCGAUGUUGAUCAAUAUCCGUUGGCGAUACUUGAGAGCUUACUUCAUAUGGUUCGAUAUGGGAAAUUUUUUUCUAAGAUUGAUUUGAAAGAUGCAUAUCUUCAAAUGGAGUUGGAUGAUGAAGCAAAAAAUGUGUUAGUUGUCAAUACACCGCUGAGGCUUUUUCAGUACCAGUGUCUACCUUUUGGUAUUGCCAGCGCACCUGCGUUAUUUCAGAAGUAUUUAGAACAACUUAUACAUGGUACAGAAGGGCGUGGAAAUUACAUUGAUGAUAUCAUAAGCGCUGCUGAAACGGUUGACAUACAUCUUAAACGGCUGGAGGAAAUAUUAUCACUUUUAGCUGAAAAUGGCAUUCGUUGCAGGCGAACGAAAUGUGAGUUUUUGGUGGAAAAAUUGGAAUAUUUAGGCAGAACCAUCAGUGCAAGUGGUAUUUUACCUGAUGAGAAGGGUGUUCAGGCUGUAAAGCAGUUACCGCGACCGAAAAACGUAAAAGAAGUCGAAGCGUUUCUUGGUAAAGUAAACUACUAUCAUAACUUCAUUCCAAAUUUUUCACAAUUGGCUGCGCCUAUCAAUCACUUACGAAAAGAACAACUUCGUCAUUCACGUUGUCAAGAGGUUAACUCUAUAUCCAUUAAUUGCAAUAAUACACCGGAAAAUUUUAACUCCGAAGUGAAGCAGUUAGUUGAAACAAAUAUCGAGGCAUUCGCUAAUCCCAAUAGAGCAUUACCUUUUUAUAUUCGAGUUAAAGCAACUAUCAAUACAAUAACAAACGAUCCAAUUUAUGCAAGAAGUUAUCCGUACCCAAUAUCGGCAGCGGAAUUUAUAAAUAACGAAAUAAAAACUCUUAGGCUUAUAAUUUCCCCAUGCACGUCGUAA